GGGACGGCGAGGGGCUGCGGGCGGAUUUUGGGGCGUUCUCCUCGCUUCUCCCAGCCCGCCGUGCCCAGGGAAAGUCGGGGCGGGCCGGGCCGAGCCGCGGGGCCGGUUCCCCUUCCUGGGCAGCCUUUGGGCUGCGGCUUUGCCUGAAAGUCGCCACUUCCCUGUCACGAAAGUUCCCGAGCCCCACAGCUGCGAGCGUUCCCCUUCCCAAACUCAAAUCCCUCCGCCGGGCCAGCACAGCCCCGUUUUCCCUGGGGUUUCCCGGGAUUUUGGGGCAGCUGGUGCCGGCCGAGGGUCUUUUUCCCUCAAAUCCGCGAUUUCGGGUGCGGGGAGCAGGGAAACAGCGGGAUGUGGGAGAUGGAUCCACCCUGGAGCAUCUCCAGGUGCCUGGAGCAUCUUCUGGUCACACCCUGGCGGGGUUUGGCGUCGCUGUUUUCCUGACAGCUCCAGGAUUCGCAGAAUUCCAGGAUUUUGGAGGUUGGGAAAGAGCUCCGAGGUCAUCGACCCCGGGCUGGGACCAAGCCCCACCCGGUCCCCCGGAAUUCCAGGAAUUCCUCGGACACCUCCAGGGGUGGGGAUCCAACCCUCCCUGAGCCCCUUCCAAAGCUUUGUCUCUUUUCCAGGAGGGAUUUCCCCAAAUUUCCAGCCCUGGCACAGCUCGAGGCCGUUCCCUCUUGCCCUGUUCCAUUCCUUGGGGAUCAGAUCCCAAAUUUCCCGCGGAUCCCCUUCCCCCAGCACCCUCAGGAGAACUCGGGACCCUCUCACACCCCCCGGCAGCCCCGGAGCAGCAGGAAAAGACAAUUCCCGUGUCCUGCAGGAAUUUUGGGCCCUGGAGCAGGGGAAAAGCCCUUUCCACCCCCCGCAGGUCCCACUGAUCCAUAAUCCCGAGCAGGAAGGAUCUCCCUGCUCCAGCCCCCGAAAUUCCCGAAUUUCCCGAGCCUCGGGGUGUCCCCACACCUGCAGCUCUGGAGCCGCUGGAACUUCGGGAGCUCUGGAUGCGCCCGGGGAGGAAUUUCCUGGCGGAAAACACCCGGGACGGGUGGGAUCGGGGCCGGGAAGGGGCGAUUUUGGGGCGUUGGGCCGUGCAAAGGAGCCCCCAGAGCCGCCCUGACCACACGGAGCCCCAGGAAGCGGCGUCGGCCCUCCGGAUGUUCCGCGGGUGUUAUUUUGGUGUUAUUUUGGGGGCCUUCCACAUCCGGGGCUGCUCUCGAGAAGAGAAACCCAGAAAGUUGAGAGGAAACGGGGCAGGGGGUGAAAUUCCCUGGGAUUGGGAGCGGGGACGGGAACUGGGGUGGGGUGGGGUGGAGUGGAGAGAGAGGAACCCCGGGAUGGGGAAUGGACACUUGAGCAGUCUGGGAUAACGGGAGAGGGGAAAUUUGGGAUGGGAAUGGACACAGAACCAGUCUGGGAUAAUGGGAGAUGGGAAAUUUGGGAUGGGAAUGGACACAGAACCAGUCUGGGAUAAUGGGAGACAGGAAAUUUGGGAUGGGGAAUGGGCAUAGAACCAGUCUGGGAUAAUGGGAGAGGGGAAAUUUGGGAUGGGAAUGGACACAGAAACAGUCUGGGAUAACGGGAGAGGGGAAAUUUGGGAUGGGAAUGGGCAUAGAACCAGUCUGGGAUAAUGGGAGAGGGGAAAUUUGGGAUGAGGAAUGGACACAGAACCAGUCUGGGAUGGUGGGGAGAGAGAGGAAAUCUUGGGAAGGGGGUGGAGAACGGGCCCCGAGUGGCCCGGAGGUGGCCCCAGCAGUGACCAGGUUCCCUCUGGAGCCGCGGAGCCUCUCCUGGGGUCACAGCCUCAGGCGGGGCUCUGGUUCAGGAUCCCCGGAAUGCCAAAACCGAGCGGUGGCCGCGGGAGGAUCGCUGUGCCUGGUGCCGGACAAACCCCUGCGGAACUGGAUAAGCAUCCAGUGGAAAGUGGAAAUUAAUUCAUCAACGUUGCAGCAGAUCCUGACAGCCACCAGGGAUGGAACUGUCUCCCAUCCCAGAGGUCCUUUCCAUGGGAGAGCGAAAUUCCAUCAGGGAAACCUCUCCCUGUGCAUCUCCCCGGCUCACGGGGCAGAUAACGGCGUCUAUAGGGCCGAGUUCGAGAGUUCCUCCCGGAUUUUGUCCCGGUGCUUCCGCGUGUCCGUGUGGGGUGAGUGGCUGGCUCCCCGUGUCCCCUGUGCCCGUGUCCCUCCGUGCCCUGUCACCGCGGCUGUCCCCGCAGAGCCCGUGGCGCAGCCGGAGCUGAAAUCCCAAAUCCUGCAGCGGGGCCGGGGCUGGUGCCGCCUGGCCCUGCUCUGCUCCAGCCCCGGGAACGUCUCCUACAGCUGGGCCUGUCCCGGGGCCCCGCCGGGGGAGGGCCCGGGGCCGCUCCCGGGGCCGGGCCCGGACCCGAUCCCGGGGAUCCCCUCCCGCCUGGUCCGGAGGCUCCCCGAGGGCGCGGAACCCCAAAUCUGCCUCUGCAACGUCAGCGGCCCCGCGGGCUGGAGCGCGGCCCGCGCCCCGCUCACCUGCCCAGCAAUUCCAGACGAUUUUGGCCACUGGACACUGCUGGCCGUGGUCGUGGCUGUGGCCGUGGGGCUGACCCUGCUCCUCGUGGGCGGCUGCUGCUGGUGGAGGAAGAGGAGGAAGAAUUCCCGGGAAGAGACCCCCGGCACCCCCCCGGGACCCCCGGAGCAGGAGCUGACCGUCUACGCCGAGGUGGGAGAGAAUAAACCCCGCCAGGACCCCGCCGGGCCCGGCGAGGCCACCCAGGAAGGAGCCACCGUCUACGCCGUGGUCAGUCCCAGGACACUGGAGCACCCCAGGCACCGGGAGGAACCCGGGAAUUCCACCGUUUACUCCAUGGUGCAGUUCAGCCGGAGGCCUUCCUCCAUCAAGAGGAAGAGGUUGGACCCAGCUUUGGUCUCCACUGCCUACUUGGAGGAUAACGGGGGUUACAGGCGCCUGGGCUUCCCAAAUCCUGCUGGCCACCAGCGCCCCUAAAACCCCGGAAUUCCCAUCCCUGUGGAAUUCUUCUCCUGGAAACUCCAGUGGCCGCUGGGAUCCCACCCGAUGGAACAGAAAUAUCCAGAAAUUCGGGGUUUUCCCCCAAGAUUCAACCCCCGGCUGUGCCUGGGAGCGAAGAUCUGGGGAUGGGAAACUGCGGAAGGGAUGGAUUUGGGAUUGGACAGGCGGGAUGGGCGGGGAGUGGGAAUUUUGUGGGGAUUUUAGGGCUUGGAAAGUUUGGGAAUCCUUGUAUUCUCUUUUUCUUGGUGCAAAUACUGCUGAGCUGCACAAUGAACCUGUUUAAUUAAUUAA